UUUCUGUCUUCUUUUCUUUCCGUUCCUGAUUUCCUUCUUACUCUCCUGCCUUCUCCAUCCUCAACCUAAGCCCACAUUAUUGCAAUAGCUUCCAUCACUAAACACUCAACUUUUCAUAUCAUCUCUUUCUAUUCCUUAGAAAUGGAGCAGACAAACAACACGGACUAUCCCAAGUGCCCUGCACCAGCCCAGACUGCCUGGCACCCUCAUAGCAGUGACACGUAUGCUCCAGCACACACGGCAAUCCAAAUGCCUCCUGAGUAUUCUCACUUGAAGCUGGAACCUGGUGAUGAGGAUGAAGAAUUUGAAGGCUCCAAAGCCACCAGACUUUGGAGAAAGUUCAAGGGGAAGUGCAAUCCGGAUCACGUUGCUCUCUGGAUUAUCAUUCUUCUCCUUGUUGCUUUUGCUGCUGGGCUUCUUUAUGUUAUUCAGUUUGAUCGCAAGUGACAUGGGACUGUUUCAAAACCUCGCUUCUGCUGAACAGUUAUAAAAUAUAUCAUAUUUGGCCGACACGGACGAUUACUAUUUUUGCUUAUACUGAGAUGCACAUUCUGUUCUGAGUUAUAUAUUCGGGUUUCCUCAUGUAUUCCAACCUUGCUCUUGAUCUAUUUUCUUGAUAUACC